UCGUCUUCCCAUUACAUUCCUUGCUUAUCUUAAUUCCAAAGAAGCAGCCCCAUCUUCUGUCUUUUCUUUUCCAUACUUAUCCUAAUCCCUUCACCUCCUUCGCUAAUUCAUUGGAGGAUGAUGGAUAUUUAUGAACAGGCAGGCUUCAGCUCUGGAAACCAGAGUGAAGAAGAAAUCAUGGAUGUAAGGAAAGGUUCAUGGACUGCGGAAGAGGACAACAAGCUCAUGGAAUAUGUCACCGUCCACGGUGAAGGUCGCUGGAACUUGGUCGCUCGCUGUGCAGGACUCAAAAGAACAGGGAAAAGCUGCAGAUUAAGAUGGUUAAACUAUCUACGUCCUGAUGUCCGACGAGGAAAUAUCACUCUCGAAGAACAGCUUCUGAUUCUUGAACUCCAUUCCCACUGGGGAAACAGGUGGUCGAAAAUUGCACAAUAUUUGCCUGGGAGAACAGACAAUGAGAUAAAGAACUACUGGAGAACAAGAGUUCAGAAGCAGGCGAAGCAGCUGAAAUGCGACGUUAACAGCAAGCAGUUCAGGGACACCAUGCGGUACGUUUGGAUGCCCCGUUUAAAGGAGCGGAUCCAGGCUUCUACAUCCAAGACUUUCCCGGGUCAACCCGCCACUAACACGGAAGCAUCCACCCAAUCCGUUCAGGUCAAUGAGUCCGGUUCGGGUCGGAUAGAACCCAAUUUCAUGCCGGAAUUCUCGGGUUCUUCAUCGGAGUCAUUGGAUACCCGAGUUUCAUCCUUAUCGGACCUGACGGUGGAGUACUGGGGCAACCCACAACAAGGCGUUAAUUAUGCAGACAAUCUACAAAAUGGGUCGGGUUUCUUCUCUGCCGGAAAUUGGUGUGUUGACGGGGUUGAUUUUCCGGCGGUGGCAGAGGAGGUGAUGGGUGGUGAUUGGAUGAUGGAAUGGAAUGAGGAGAAUAUUUGGUCACAGCUUUGUGAAAUGUGACCUAAUGGAUAUGAGGGCCUGCUUACCUGACGUACCAACUUAGCUUAGCUUUUAGACAUUUUGUGAUUAUAGAAAUGUUUUUUCUUUUACAGGAAUGUACCCUUAGUUUUACUAAAAAAAAAUUAUUAGU